CGUCCACAAGAUUUUGAGUUAAGCUGAAAGAUAUAUUUAUUUUGUGGUUGGAAUCGAAAUCACACACAGUACUAAGUUUUGUAAUUAAUAGGUGUUCUUAAAGAAAUGUCAAUAUGUUUUGGUAGUAAAUGAAAAACUAGUAUGGCUUUUUACAAACAACUAAGUCAGAAACAUCUUAAAUUCAGGCUUCCGAAAUUUCCACCCGAUGAUCCAACACCCAAAACUGAGUCCGCCUGGGAGAAGAAAAUACAAGUUGUGUCAAGAGCAGAGUGGGGUGCACUUCCCCCUAGGACUGACGUGGACCACCCGAAGCCCGUCCCAUGGCCUCACCCAUGGGUGCUCUGGACCUACGCGCAGACUGACGAGUGUUUCACCCAGGAGGAGUGUGGCAGAGUUAUGAGGAAAACCCAACAACGCCACAUGGACAUGGGGAUGUCCGAUAUACAAUACAAUUUCUAUAUAGGCGGUGAUCUGAAGGUCUAUGAAGGGAGGGGGUGGAACGUAUCUUCAGGCUGUUUGUAUCCCAGUUUCUCCAGCUUCGAGAAGAUGCACUGCGCCAUAGCAUACAUCGGAAGAUAUAACAACCGUAAGUAUAUGUUAAGUUACAUAACAACAAGUUACAAUAAGUUUUGUUGUGUACUUAUAACAGAACGCAGUUGUUGACAGAACAGAGGGCUGUUGACGUUUUGGGGGUAAGGUACAAAAAUAAAAGAAAACAAAAAGAAAAAGAAAAAGAAAUAAGGAGAAAAGAUAAAAGAAAAAGAAAAUAAGGUAGGUUAGUAAAAUAUUUUAGAAUACCAGUAUCAGGGAUAUUCUCUUGACGUGAGGUCGUAAACUUAAAAGAAAUUUUGAU